AUGACUAACAGCUAUGUUAUACCGGAGGAAUGUCGAGCUGCUGUCGUUGUCGACGAAGGCCCCAACUUUACUAUUAAGACUCAAAUGGUGAAGGUUCCAGUUCCAGGUCCCGAUGAAGUUUUGAUCAAACUCAAUGCCACCGGUAUUUGCUAUUCAGACAUUCACUACAUGUUAAACGACACUGGCGGUAGAAAGAUGUCGGCGUCGGGUGUAUGCUCUGCUGGUCAUGAAGGCGCGGGUGUGAUUGUUAAGCUAGGUGAAAACGUGACAACAUUCCAGAUUGGGGAUCGUGCCGGCGUAAAGCCAAUUUGGUAUACAUGCGGAUCUUGCAAUCUUUGCUGGGGAGGCAAGGAAUCUCAUUGCCAAAAGAAGGUCCUCACUGGAGUGGCUGCUACUGGAACGUUCCAACAAUAUAUUGUUUCACCAGCUCGAUACACCACCGUGAUUCCACAGGGAAUUCCAGAUUAUGUUGCUGCCCCUGCUAUGUGUAGUGCAGCUACCGCAUAUCGCUCCAUCAGAGAAUCUGGCCUUGCCGUUGGCUCAUGGGCCACGAUCAUCGGUGGAGGUGGUGGCGUUGGCAUUCAAGCUGUGCAGAUCGCGAAGGCAUUUGGGCUACGACCUAUUGUUGUUGACGCAGGAAGCGAAAAGCGUGAUCUAUCAUUGAAGAUGGGCGCAGAGGCCUUCGUUGAUUUCAAAGAGUUCCCCGAUACUGUCGCAGAGGUUAUUCGUCUCACUGGAGGUAUUGGAUCCCACGGUGUGUUUGUCACAGCACCUCCAGCAUACCCAACUGCUGCCAAUUAUAUCGGUGCCAGAAUUGGCGGAGUUAUUAUGUGCAUUGGACUACCUUCAGCAGGGUCUGGUCACAACAUCAAUAUCAAUCCCACUAUUAUGAUCCUGAAGAGUUUGACAAUCAAGGGAACAUUGGUGGGUACGAUGGAGGAUACAGAGGCUGUGUUGAAACUCGUUGAAAGAGGACUGGUGCGAGAGGUCUGUGAGGUCUUGCCCUUUGAGAAAUUCCCUGAAGCGGUGGAUCGACUCCGCAAGGGGCAGGUCGCUGGAAAGCUCGUGAUAGACUAUGAUGCUUGA